AAAUUAUUACAAUACCUCAGAUUAAAAAAACACACAAGAUGGUAGAAUGGCACCAGAUUCUUUUAAUUAUAAAAUAAUAACCUCCGCGGCUCUAUCAUAGGAGAGAGUGAAACUAGCGUAUUACGACAAAAUCACCGUUUGCCGAUACCAUACAAAUGAAUGGGGAAAAUCGAAAACUGACGCCUACUUGUCGCAAAAUUGUCCGUGACUUCUCUUCGAAAAACAGCAAUUUUACCUUAGUAAACUCCACAGAUAUUCAAAAGGGAUUGUUUAGUGAUUACUGAUGAAGGAUUUGUAAAACUCGUUUUUUAGAGAUUGCAGGGGCGCGUUUCAACUUAGCAAACAUUUGAGAUGAUAUAUUUAAAAGAUGUUACUUUUUGGAGUGCACAUCUUUUCAGAAAGAUAAAAAUGUCGCGUGAUAAUAUUUGAACGCUGCUCAAGGAAGGAUUUGGCUUUCUGAUCUGCUGAGCGCCUCUUGAUUACAAUAAUCUUGUAUGAUCUGACUGCAUUUAUCCUCGUGGUGUAAGGAACGGAGGCGCAUCAUGUCACACCAUGCUCUACUUUCUGCGGGCUGUACGGCGUGGCGGUCACUGUCUUGCCCGCGGUCAGAGCUUCGGCUGGACUUCACACUGGGAUGUGGACAGACCUUCCGAUGGCGUGAGACUUCAGAUGGACACUGGACAGGAGUGAUGCGGGGGAGAGUGUGGACACUGACUCAAACAGAGGAUAUGUUAUGGUACUAUGUGUACAGUCAUCAGGGAGACCAAGAAGCAGAACAUGGACGCAAACGUAAGGUAGAAGGGGAGCUGCAGUUAUCAGGGAAGAGAUCGAAAGGAAUAAUUGAAAUAAAGCAGGAAGAGGCAGGAUCGUGCACAGUGAUGCCAGAGCUUGACAACAAAGAUGAGGAACUUCUGAAGGACUUUUUCCAGUUGGGUGUUAAAUUAGGGGACCUCUAUAGGGACUGGAGCGCAGCGGACCCCCACUUUAAACAUACAGCUAAUAUCUUCAGAGGAGUGCGUAUGUUACGUCAAGACCCUGUGGAGUGUCUCUUCUCAUUCAUCUGUAGCUCUAAUAAUCACAUCUCGCGGAUUCAGGGCAUGAUCGACAGACUGUGUCAGACACUGGGGACCCCCCUCUGCAAGCUUGAUGAUGUGGCUUAUCAUGAUUUCCCCUCUUUACACGUUCUAUCAGACACUACUGUAGAGAUGCGUUUGCGUGAUUUAGGUUUCGGCUACCGUGCAAGUUUCCUGCAGCAGAGCGCUCAAAUCAUUGUAAACUCUCACGGACCUGACUGGUUCCAGUCGCUCCGCAGCGCCCCCUACCUGCAUGCCAGAGAUACACUCAGAGCACUACCUGGAGUUGGUCUUAAGGUGGCCGACUGUGUAUGUUUGAUGUCACUGGACAAGUCUGAGGCUGUUCCUGUGGAUACACACGUGUGGCAGAUCGCCAAGCGUGACUACAGCUGUGCUGCCGGUAGCAGCCAAAAAACCCUGACAGAUAAAGUCUACAAAGAUAUCGGUGAUUUCUUCAGAAAACUCUGGGGACCUUACGCUGGCUGGGCUCAUUCUGUACUGUUCUGUGCUGAUCUAAAGAGAUUUCAGAAGCUGAAAGGGCAUUCCUUUACUGAAAGUCGAGAAGAGGUGAAGAACAAGAUAAAAAUAAAAAAGGAAAAAGAUGACAGAAUGAAGAAAAACAGGAAAAGAGGGAAAACAGCAAGCAUCAGAGAACAUAACUCUGGCUUUGAUAAUGUCCAUCACUAAACCACUCACACUUCAGCCAGAUACACAAUAAAACUGUAAAAGAUAAUUUGUGUUGUUUUCCAGUAGAAAAAUCUAAUCAUCUGUAAACAAAAUAUAUUUACAAGUAAAUGAUAAAACAUGAUGCAACAAAAAUUGAUUGAGAAAAUUGUUUGUAGUGUGUGCUCUUUUUUUUUUUUUUUUUUUUUAUAUAUAAAUUGUGGAUGAAUUUGUUGAAUAUAAAUCAGAAUUUGAAAUGUUUCCAUUUUUCAGUAAUUUUAAAGAAAAGAAUAUUGUGCGCGUGUGUGCGUGCAUGCAUACAUAUACAGUAUGUGCUCAAAUGUGUAUCUUGAACAGUGUUUAUCACUAAAAAGCUCUUUUUUUUAAUGUUUAGCAUUUGAGAAAUGUAUUGAAUUAAAAUUUUUUUGCAAUCUUUGCAGAACCAUAUUUCAUAUUGUAAGUACAAUUUUAAUCAAUGGUAUAUUGUAUAAUUUCCCUAUUAAAGGAAUGGUUCACCCAAAAAAAAAAAAAA